UCCGUAUCUCCCUCACCAGAACUCAAUUGCAUCCAAUCUCCCACCGAUACUGCCUCUUCACUGUCAAUCCCUCAUAUAACCCAUCAUGUCCCUCCUCAUGUCCCGCACCUCCGCCAUCCUCGGCGUCGGCGUCGGACUCGGCCUCUCCCUCAGCCCCCUGUCUCCAUUCCGCUCCACCCCGAUCCAAUGCCAAUACGCAGCGCCCUACCCCCGGGCCACGGAGUCCGCCGAAUCCGGCUGGGCCAUCGACGGCCAGGACCCCCUGCUGCGCAAACAAGGCGCCACGGGUCCUGGCAGCAGCAUCUUCACGGCGUCCAACAUGCGCCAGGUCAGUUUGGGCAGCGUCCUGGGCCUCGUGGCGGGCGUGGGAUUGCGGGCGUUUUCGAAGGCGCUGGUGGUAUUGCUGGGGAUGGGUGUUGUUUUGGUCGAGUGGGCUGCUGCUAAGGGGUACAAUAUUCUGCCCCUGCAGAAGAUGCAGAGGUAUGUGAAGGGAGUGGAUCUGCAGAAGGCCGUGUCGAGGCAGAUUCCGUUCAAGCUGAGCUUCGGGGCGACGAUGACGCUGGCGGCAUUUGCGCAGUUUUGAUUUUGCACCGAAACGGUGAUGAUAUGUGAGAAAGUGGAUGUUCAAUAUUGGAUAUUGAUUUAGAAGCCAUGGUUAGAUGUUGUACAGUACACAGGUAAUUAGACGCCAUAUUCAG